AUGACUACAACGGAUGUUACCAGUUCGUUGAAAGAUAUCCUAGACGGAGCAAAAAACAAGAAAGGGGAUGCUGCUUUAUCGGAAGAGGAUCGCACCGUGAAAGGGCUCAAAGUUAAAUUGAUGGAUCAUCAAGUUGAGGGCCUUCGAUUUCUUCUCGAAAGAGAGGGCAAAGACGUCAAGAACAAAGGCGGACUUUUAUGUGACGAUAUGGGACUCGGUAAAACGAUUCAGUCGAUAUCUUUGAUACUGUCUCACCGGAUAGACAAAGACAUCCACAAUUCGGCUAAUGCGUGCGCUUCAACUCUCGUCAUUGCUCCUUUGGCACUUAUCAAUCAAUGGGCAAAGGAGAUCAAGACCAAGGCUCCUGAACUCUCAGUAUUGAUUCAUCAUGGACCUUCGCGCACGAAAUCAGUAGCCGAGCUAGAGAGGUACUCGGUGGUUAUAUCGACCUAUCAGAUCGUGGCCUCUGAAUAUAACAACAAAGGACCUCUUCAUAAGCUCGACUGGUGGCGGAUUAUUCUAGACGAAGCACACACUAUCAAGAACAAAUCCUCACAGUCAGCUAAAGCUUGCUGUGCGCUGCACGGUCUCAAUAGAUGGGCCCUCACCGGAACACCAUUGCAGAACAAUAUUGAUGAGCUGCACUCACUGUUUUUGUUUUUAAAGAUUCAGCCUCUAUGCGAUGGAGCUUUCUGGAAAGACAAAAUCAGUAGGCCAGCUGCGGCUGGCAGAGGCAAGCUAGCCAUGAAGAGACUACAAGUCGUACUAGCACAAACUAUGCUCCGUCGGACCAAAGAGGUGUUGGGACAAAGCGGGAUGAAACUACCAAAACGCAACGUCCACAAGGUUGCAGUCACGCUGAGCCCACCGGAACGAGCCUUUUACGACUCUUUGGAAACAAAGAUGGGAAAUAAGAUGCAGGACUUGAUGGGAACGGGUAAGGGCGGUCAGCAGUAUAUUAGCGUACUGCUACUGCUCUUGCGCCUGCGACAGGCAUGCAAUCAUACAAGUAUUGUGUCUAUGAAAGUGACCGAUGGGGUUGACGCUGUGAUCUCUUCGACGCCAGCGAAGAAGGGACCAGCCAAGGAGGAAGUUGAUGAUCUUGCAGAAUUGCUGAACGGAAUGACUGUCACAAGUCGUAGAUGUUUAGUGUGCCAGACAGAGCUUCCGCUGGAGCAGUCUGCCAAGAACAAAGACUAUUGCGAUUACUGUAUAGGUACUUUUGUCUCGGAUGGAAUCAGCGCUACGGUUCCGAGCUCCAAAAUAUCCCGUCUUUUGAAGAUCCUGGAAGAGGAACCAACGAGGAAAACUAUUGUUUUCAGUCAGUUUACUACCAUGCUUGAUAUCAUUCAGCCAUUUUUGACGAAUCGUGGAAUUGUUUAUGCGAGAUACGAUGGAUCAAUGAAGCCCAAAAGCCGAGUAGAGGCACUCGAGCGACUGGCCUCAGAUCCUGAGGUUACAGUACUGCUGUGCUCGUUAAAAUGCGGAGCUCUCGGACUGAACCUUACUUGUGCCUCUAGGGUUGUUCUUGUCGACCCAUGGUGGAAUCCGAUGAUUUCGGAGCAGGCUAUUGAUCGGGUUCAUCGGAUCGGACAGACAAGAGACGUCGACGUGUACGACAUCACGGCCGAGGCUACGGUUGAGGAGAGAAUCCUGACGCUGCAGGAACAGAAACGCGAGCUGGCUAGGGGAGUCAUGGACGAUAAGGACGGAAAACUUAACGUUAAUCGCUUGACUGGCGAAGAGAUACGGUUCUUGUUUAACAGAUUUGACUAA